UUGUUUACCAAAAUUCUUAUGAUGGCUACGGUAUUGUGGUAUUCGUGAAUUUCAAUUAUUGUUUACCCGGCAAAAGCUAAGAACUACGAUUCUGGAGCAUACGGCGGAGAACACACCUUCAUUCCUUAUGAAGGGUACGGAAAAAUAUAAUAACGAUUUGUGUUACAAGCCUGUUACACAAACCUUUCAGAAAUGUCACAAAAACUCACUUUUUAUUUAAUGGUUUAUUAGCUUCUACAAAAUUUAUGGGGAUAGUUAAUUUGAAAAUUUCUUAAUACAUUUUAAACCUCACUAUGAAUUACCUUAAAAUUAAUUUAUGACUAUUUACGUAAUGUUCACUAAAUUAUAUUGUGAAAGUAAUUUUUAAUUUUAUUACUUACUGACUUCCAUCCAGCGCUUAAUAGAAAAUGGAAAAGCAGUUUGUGUGUACAAUUUGUAACAAAGCAUUCACUCGUUUACAUUCGCUUAAGACACACUGCCUUGCACAUUCAGGAGAUCAACCAUACGAAUGUGACAUUUGCAAUCAAAAAUUUACAUUAUUAUCAAAACUUAAGAAACAUAGUAUCGUACAUUCUGACGAAAGGCCGUAUGUAUGUGAAAUAUGCAACAAAGGAUUUUCAAGAGCUGAUUCUCUUAAAGAUCAUUUAGUGACUCAUACAGGGGAGAAAACACAUGCUUGUAAUUAUUGCCACAAGAAGUUUGUUAAUUCAUCUCAUCUGAAACGACAUAUGAACACUCAUGAAGGAAUAAAACCAUAUGUAUGUAAUGUGUGUGAGGCUCGUUUUACUCAAUCGGCCCAUUUAAAAAUACAUCAAGUAGUACACGAAGAGGAUUCUAAAAAGAACAUUCACGUAUGUGAUGUUUGUGGUAAAUGUUUUGGAAGAAAAGGUACUCUUAAAAGACAUAAGGAAAUCCAUACAAAUAAUAAAUUUCAUGAAUGUGAGUUCUGUGGAAAAUCUUAUUCUCGUUCCAGUACUCUGAAAGCUCAUUAUUUAACUCAUACAAAAGAGGUGCCUUUUGCUUGUGACUUAUGUCCUAAAAGAUAUGCAUCCCAAACAAGUUUACGAUUUCAUUAUCGAAAGCAUUCCGAAGAGUUGCCUUAUGUUUGUAGUAUUUGUGGUAAAGGUUUUACAAUAAAGAGUGUCAUGAAGAGACAUGAGCUUAUACAUAACAAUGAGAAAGUUCCAUGUACUGUAUGCAAUAAAAUCUUUUCUGGUCCUUCGUCUUUGAAAAUACACAUUUAUCGUAAGCAUUCAGUAAAAAGUGAACCUGAUUAAUCUUUGAAUGCAAUAACUUCUUUGUACAAUUAAAAAAGAGUUUAUUUUGUAAUACUAUAAGCCUUAUAACAAGUCUUUAAUUAUAUUUCAAUUAGUGUUUUUUAUAACCUUUUCAC